AUGAUAGAAAACGAAAGAAAAGUUCAUAUUCUUCCUCCUACUUCAAGAUCUUUAGAGGUUAUUAGAUGUAAAAUGGAUUCUUUCGAGGCUGCAAAGCUUGUGCACGACAGAAUCUCAAAAUUGGAACCAGAACAUGUUGCUAGGAAGAUUAUUGGAUAUAUUUACUUGCAAGAUCUUCCUGACCAGGAAAUGAUAAGGUUAGCUUUAGGUCCUGACAACUUAAUCCACAACUUGAUACAAAAGGCAAAAUCUGCUUUUCUGUUUGCUUCGUCGCCAGUUCUUUCCCCUCCAAUUUCUCCUUCCAUGCCGAGCCCCAUUUCGGAUCCUUCUUUUCAGUUUUCCCGCUUUUCAUCUCGUGCGGCAUUUCAAAAAGUAACUUCUUACUGGGAUCCUCAAUUACCUGCUGAACAGCCGCCGCAGCCGAUGCCUAAUCCUGCUUUCAAACUUUUACCAUAUGCCGAUUCAAUUCCCGAAGAGUAUGGUUUCCAAAACCAAUAUACUGGUUUGGAAGAUCAGUUAGAACCCGUCAUUUCCAACACUUCAGGUUUUCCAAGUGAUUUCUAUUGCCCAGAGGCUGCAUUUAAUGAUAUGAGUAAUAGGGGUAGCAGAAUUUCUUCGAGUCUGGAGUAUCCAGUUAAGACUUGUCACUAUUUCAACAAGGGUUUUUGUAAACAUGGCAGUAACUGUAGGUAUUUUCAUGGAGAAUCUUUCGCAGAGAGCUAUUCACAUAUAUUUGGUCCUAAUUCGUAUGAAGCUGCUAAUGAUGAUCAAGUUUUCUUGCCUGGGUCCCUUGAAAAAUUGGAACUAGAAAUCACGGAGUUAUUGAAAUCCCGAAGAGGCAAUCCGGUUUCAAUUGCUUCUCUGCCAAUGAUGUACUAUGAGAGAUAUGGAAGAACUCUGCAGGCUGAAGGUUAUCUGACUGAGAGCCAGAGACAUGGUAAAGCUGGCUAUAGUUUAACUAAACUUCUUGCUCGACUGAAAAAUAGCAUCCGGCUUAUCGACAGGCCUCAUGGGCAGCAUGCAGUCAUACUGGCUGAAGAUGCCCCGAAGUAUAUGGACAGCCGGGGUGAAAGGAAUGACCCUGGCCCUAUUGUUAGUGGUUCACGUCAAAUUUAUCUAACUUUCCCAGCUGAGAGCUCAUUUACUGAGGAAGACGUUUCAAAUUACUUUAAUACCUUCGGUCCAGUUCAAGAUGUGAGAAUUCCCUGCCAGCAGAAACGGAUGUUUGGAUUUGUAACUUUUGUGAGUGCAGACACUGUGAAGUUGAUUUUGUCCAAGGGAAAUCCACAUUAUGUUUGUGGGGCUCGUGUUCUUGUGAAACCUUAUAGAGAAAAGUCAAAGCUUGUUGAAAGGAAGUACCUAGAAAAACUUGAGCAUCCAAUGUAUUAUCACUCGCACCCUUUUGAUAUCGACCCUGAGCUUCAAGCGAGAUGGGAAUCCCCUAGGAUGAUCAGAAGGCAGCUUAUGGAAGAGCAUGAACAGGCCCUUGAACUUGAGACAAUGCGUCUUUCACAGCUCCAGCUAGCACGCAAACAUCUGGCAAAUCAGUCUUGCAUGGGUUAUUCCAUGGACGAGUUAAAACCACCUGAAGAUCAUUCCAAAUUUACAUCGGUAGAGCGAUUCAAUUAUCUGAUUGAUGUUCUGAACAACAGCUCUGCUAGCCCUGAUAACCCCAAGUACUCAAUCGCCAAUUGUGGUGAGCAGGAAAGCCAUCAAGGACUUAAUCUCCCAGAGAGCCCCUUUGCAUCUGCAGUAGCUAACAGCAUUUCAGCCGUCAUAUAA